UAUCCCUGGCGUUGCAAGCGCCAUGCUCUACCAUUCCUUUGAUUGGUUGAGUUCGAUUUACCUUUUUACCGCAUCUAUAUCGCAAUGAUGUCAUAAAGGAGGGUGGGGUGACAUGCUAGUUAUCUUCAACCUAGGUAACAUGUUGGAUGCCCUCUGUGACAUCAUAGAACCCUAUGGCACAACAGUCCAAUCAAACAUUCUGAACACCACAACUCGCCUAUCUCUGUAGAGAGUGGUUGCUUUUUGAAUUUGCUCAGCCAGUUUAUUGAUUUAGAGAUGGCUUUGUACUCUAUCAGUAUUCAUUUGUUGGUGCAUGUAAUCUUGGCAUUACAACAUCUGGACGGCAAGGCUUUUCGGGACGCCCUGAUGCCCCCCAUCGGCAUUAGGCAGUGGGCCAGCAUGCCUCACAUCGAACUGAACACCAGCACCAUCAACUUCCAUCAACAACCCUGGACCAAACAGAACACCAGCGAGACCACUGGACACAGUUUGUACAAGUGCCCCGGAGAGGCUUGUGUUAUGGUCAGCUUGGAACCCACUGCUACCCGGGUAGCUACAAACAACACUAACCGACUCAGUGGCCUUGUGGUUAGAGUGUCCGCCCUGAGAUUGGAAGGUCAGGUGGUUUAUCCGCGGUCGAGUCCUACCAAAGACUCUGAAAAUGGGCAUCGAUGCCUCUCCGCUUGGCACACAUUAAGGAGAUGGAUUGGGGUUAAGGCCCUGCGACAGACUUGUGUCCUAUCCAGGGGGGAUACAUCAAGCUGCCUCAUGCUACAGAAACAGGAGAUAGGCUCCUGCCCUGUGGGUCAUUGUGGCUCGGACAAGGCCACCACCACCCAGACCAGAAACAGUAUUGACCAGAAAUACAGAGACAUUAGUGCUUUGCGCCAGACAGCCAGUGAUUCUACAGCCAGCCUCAGAACGCCUCGCACCCGAGUAGCUGAGCUCAGGAGUAGGGAGAGAGCGGGAGCGAGCGAGCUUGUGUGGAAGAAGAUGGCGGAAGUGAUUAAUGGGGCAGAAGAGAGGAGGAUAGAGGCUGCAGGCUGCAUGUUUCUGGCUCUUUGCUGCUGGUUGUACGGCAUGGGCCUACUGCUCACCUUCAGUGUCAGUGGACUACUGCAGAUAAUGGUUGCAUUAGAGCUCCAUGGAGAUGAACACAAGGAGAGAGGAGCUGAGAGGGAGACAGAAGGCUGUAAAGAUGCUCAAACCGCUCCCGUGUGGGUGACCCCCCGUGGUUCAACUAAGAAGAGAGCCCGCCGCCGCCGUCGGUCCAACAAGGGGAAACACUGAAUAACAUGCCCAUACAGGACAUUGUUCAUCUGCAUUCCAAAUAAUACAAUAUCAUAUUUUCUAAUAAAUAAUACUUUGU